UUCACACCCUUAUAAGGAAUGUUUCGUUCCCCUCUCCAACCGAUGUGGGAUCUCACGCCAAUCCAAAUUUCUCUCUAACUGUGGGUAAUGAUCGCUUUGUUGAUCCUCUGCACCCCAUUUGGCUGCAGUUUUGGGAAGCCGUUCGACCUCAUCGUCGUAAGCUGUCAAAAGUAGAACUUUCUUCUUCUUCUUCUGGAUAUUAAUUGCUUCAUUAACUUCAUAAACCAGUAGAUUAAAAAGACCAAGUGAAAUGAAAGGAGAUUAAUAUAUAAAUUACUUCUCGUAUAUCAAAAAAUUCACAACUGUAAAAACGGUUAUCUUGAAGAGACACGACCGCCCUUUCACCCCUUUGGAACUGUCUCAGUUAUGAAAAUUUCCAAUAAGGAGAAACACACAGCCCUUCUAUGAACACUCUUCAAGCGUAUGGAUGAUCAGCAGAAACUUGCCAAUUUCUCUUCUUUACCAUUGGCACCACCCCUACCGCCUCCGUCCCCGCCACCACCACCCUCUUUUUCUGCCAAUUUCAGCCACCCCUACAUGGCGGCGCCGGUCGAUUACCCCCGAAAUCCCUGCCAACCCCAGCCUCACUCCACAGUUGCUUGGUCCAGCGGUCUCUGCGACUGCUGCAACGACAUUAGUAUCUGCUGUUUGACUUGCUGGUGUCCCUGCAUUACGUUCGGCCACAUAGCAGAGAUAGUAGACAGAGGAUCAAUAUCGUGUGGCGUUAGCGGCGCAAUUUACUUGUCGAUACUAUGCCUAACGGGAUGCUCGUGCUUGUACUCUUGCCUUUACCGCUCGAAAAUGAGGGGACAGUUCUCGUUGGAGGAGAGCCCUUGCUGUGAUUGCUGUGUCCAUUGCUUGUGUGAGCAAUGUGCGCUAUGCCAACAGUAUAGGGAGCUUCAACACCAAGGCUUCGACAUGUCAUUUGGGUGGCAUGGGAAUGUGGAGAGGCAGAGAAGGAUUGCUGCUCGUGCUGCUGCGAUGCCGCCGCCGCCGCCCAGUGUGCAAGGAAUGAUUCGUUAACGCCAUGCGGUGAUGCUCUUUCUUUCUUGUUCUUCUGCCUUUUUAAUAUUUAUAUAGAUUGAGUUUCUUAUUCACCCAAUCAAAAAGUAUGAAUAUUCGACUAAUCUACUUAUGUCGGAACCCGACUUUUGAGAUUAUGAUUGAGUUUUUAUUUGUACCGGCUCCGGCCCACCGCUUCACUUUUCACAACCUUUUUAAAGGGUGUUUUGUUCUCCGUCCCAACUAAUGUGGGACUCUUACAAUCCACCCCUUCGAAGCUCAGCGUCUUCACCGACACUCUUUCCUUUCUCCAAUCGAUGUGGGACCUCGCCAAAUCCACCCUCUUUUGGGACUAGUGUUCUUACUAACACAUCUCGUCUCAUCUACCCCCUUCGGGGAACAGCCUCCUCGCUAGUACAUAGUCCAGUGUCUGACUCUGAUACCAUUUGUAACGGCACAAGCCCACCACUAACAGAUAUUGUCCUCUUUGAGUUUUCACUUUCGGGUUUCUUCUCAAGGCUUUUAAAACGCUUCUCUUAGGGGAAGGUUUCCACACCCUU